GUCACAUCUCAAGAGUCACAGGCAGUUUGAAAGCUCUGCUAAGCAACCAUUCUGCUGGACCUGUGGGCGUCCUAUGAGGUGCCACUUAGGAUUUCUUCAGAAACCUCGACCAGGAUGUAGUUCCUUCUUGGCACUCUGCCUCAGGUGCUCUGAGGGUCUUCCUUUCUGAACAAGAGCAGCAAAGCAAGCCACACCAUGGGUGAGAUCAGCCAAGAGGCCGUGGAGAGAUACCUGCAAGACAACCCUCGGUUUGCUAAGGAGUACUUCGAUAAGAAGCUGCAGCUGGCGGCGCUGGGAGAAGCCUCAGAGCCCAGUGGGGAGCGGGGCGCAGCCAGCGUGUCCUUGCCGGGGCUGUCUCCGGAGGAGGAGGCGGCCCUGUGCCUGGAGCUGCUGCUGGCCGUGCCGGAGGAGGCGGGCAGCGCUGAGCUGGGGGCGCACCGGGCCCUGCAAACGCUGGCGCAGCUGCUAAGCGCGGACCGCUGCAGCCUGUUCCUGUGCCGGGCCCGCAACGGCACGCCCGAGGCGGCCUCCAGGCUGCUGAAUGUCACCCCGACCUCCAAGUUUGAGGACAACCUGGUGCUCCCCGACAGAGAAGUUGUGUUUCCACUGGACAUCGGGAUAGUGGGUUGGGUUGCUCACACGAAGAAAGCCCUUAAUGUCCCAGAUGUGAAAAAGAACAGCCAUUUUUCUGACUUCAUGGACAAACACACAGGGUAUGUCACUAGGAAUCUGCUGGCCACCCCGAUCGUGAUGGGCAAAGAGGUUCUUGCUGUGGUGAUGGCAGUUAACAAAGUAAAUGCACCUGCAUUUUCCAAACAGGACGAGAAGGUCUUUUCCAAAUACCUCACCUUUGUUUCUAUCAUCCUAAAGCUUCAUCAUACCAACUACAUGUACAGUGUUGAAUCCCGAAGAAGCCAGAUCCUUAUGUGGUCAGCCAAUAAAGUAUUUGAAGAGCUCACAGAUGUUGAGCGACAGUUUCACAAAGCACUCUACACAGUUAGGACAUAUCUGAACUGUGAACGAUAUUCCAUUGGACUGCUGGACAUGACCAAGGAGAAGGAAUUCUAUGAUGAAUGGCCAGUCAAGCUUGGUGAAGCUGAGCCUUACAGAGGUCCAAAGACACCAGAUGGCAGAGAAAUCAUCUUUUAUAAAGUCAUUGAUUACAUUUUACACGGAAAAGAAGAGAUCAAAGUGAUUCCGACACCUCCUGCAGACCACUGGACUCUCAUAAGUGGGUUGCCAACUUAUGUUGCUGAAAAUGGAUUUAUCUGUAACAUGCUGAAUGCCCCUGCAGAUGAGUACUUCACCUUCCAGAAAGGACCUGUAGAUGAAACUGGCUGGGUCAUUAAAAAUGUCUUGUCCCUGCCUAUUGUCAACAAGAAAGAAGAUAUUGUGGGAGUAGCUACGUUUUACAACAGGAAGGAUGGAAAACCUUUUGAUGAGUAUGAUGAACACAUUACUGAGACUCUCACACAAUUUCUUGGAUGGUCUCUUUUAAACACUGACACCUAUGAGAAAAUGAACAAGCUAGAAAACAGAAAGGACAUAGCUCGGGAAAUGCUCAUGAACCAGACCAAAGCUACUCCUGAUGAAAUCAAGUCUAUUUUGAAUUUUAAAGAGAAGUUAAAUAUAGAUGUAAUUGAAGACUGUGAAGAAAAACAACUUGUCACAAUUUUGAAGGAGGAGUUGCCAGAUGCAAAGGCCGUUGGCCUGUAUGACUUCUGCUUCAGCGACUUUCCCCUUACAGAACACAAACUCAUUCAGUGUGGACUACGACUGUUUUUUGAAAUAAAUGUGGUGGAGAAAUUCAAAGUGCCCGUAGAGGUUCUUACCAGAUGGAUGUACACGGUGAGAAAAGGGUACCGUGCCGUCACUUACCACAACUGGCGGCACGGGUUCAAUGUGGGGCAGACCAUGUUCACUUUGCUGCUGACAGGAAGACUAAAGAAAUACUAUACAGACCUUGAAGCCUUUGCCAUGCUUGCUGCUGCUUUCUGCCAUGACAUUGACCACAGAGGCACCAACAAUUUGUAUCAGAUGAAAUCCACAUCUCCGUUAGCCAAGCUUCACGGAUCUUCUAUUUUGGAAAGGCACCACCUGGAGUAUAGUAAGACUCUCCUGCAGGACGAGGGUUUAAACAUCUUCCAGAACCUAAAUAAACGCCAGUUUGAAACAGUUAUUCACUUGUUUGAAGUUGCAAUAAUAGCAACUGACCUGGCUUUAUAUUUCAAGAAGAGAACUAUGUUUCAAAAAAUUGUUGAUGCCUGUGAAAAAAUGGAAACUGAAGAAGAGGCUAUCAAAUACAUAACCGUUGAUCCAACCAAAAAAGAGAUUAUCAUGGCAAUGAUGAUGACUGCAUGUGACUUGUCGGCUAUAACCAAGCCCUGGGAGGUGCAAAGCCAGGUAGCACUUCUGGUUGCAAAUGAAUUUUGGGAACAAGGAGAUCUGGAGAGAACAGUGCUGCAGCAACAACCUAUUCCUAUGAUGGACAGAAAUAAAAAAGAUGAACUACCUAAACUUCAAGUUGGAUUUAUUGAUUUUGUUUGUACUUUUGUAUAUAAGGAGUUCUCACGGUUUCACAAAGAAGUCACACCUAUGCUGAAUGGUCUUCAGAAUAACAGAAUGGAAUGGAACUCCCUAGCUGAUGAGUAUGAGGCAAAGAUGAGGGUAACUGAAGAAGACGUGAAAAAGCAGGAAGAAGAAAACAUGAUUGAAAAAGUUGCAGAAGAUUCAGGAGGUGGUGGUGAUGCCAGAAAGUCCAAAACAUGUCUAAUGUUGUAAUAUAAUAGAACUGAUCUAAAUGUCAAAUAUUGUUUCUACUUUUGAAGAAAAACAAAAUAUUCAAAAUAACUUCAGCAAAUUUCAUUCAAACCAUCAAGUGACAGAAAAAGAGGAGCUUUGGUGGGGGCACACCUUUCUCUUGUGACUAUCAAGAGAAAAUAUACUGCUAACCCGAAAACCCUAGAAGGUAAAAUAAAGUUCAACAGAAGUGUAAAAUAAGAGGAAAAUGAGUGCAUUUUUGUUGCCAAUUUGUUUUAAAUUAAAAACAAAUUAAAAAUUAAAUAAUCCUGAUACUAGUCACCAAUUCUUUAAGAGUUCUUAUUAAUUAUAUUCAUUUGCUGGGGCUACCAUAACAAAAUAUCACAGACCGAGUGGCUUAAACAACAGAAAAUUUUAUUGUCACAGUUCUGGAGGCUGGAAGUCUAAGAUCAAGAUGUUGGCAGGGCUGGUUUCUUGUGAGGCCUCUUUCUUUGGUUUGUAGAGGGACGUCUUCUCCCUGUGUCUUUACAUAGUUUUCCCUGUGUGUCUAUGUCUUGAUCUCUUUUUAUGAGGACACAUAUUGGAGUCAUAUGACCUCAUUUUACCUUAACUACCUCUUUACCCACCCUAUCUCCAAAAUACAGUCACAUUGUGAGGUAUGGGGAUUUGAAUUUCAACGUAUGACUCUGAAUGUCAACAUAUGACACCCAUAACAUUAAUACUUGUGAUUUAUACCUCAAAUCCCUUCCUAAACUAAAAGACAUUACAUGUCUUAAUGUAAGAGUAAAUACAGUAUAGAAUGUAUCAAAGAAAAAGGAUGUCAAAUGUUAUUCCAUCUGAAAUGCUUAUCAUCUCUUUCCUCUAUUUUUACUACUUUUGUAAGUUUAUAAACUAUGUCUUUGUCCUAUGCCCAUCCCUCUCUGCAAGUCUGAAAUCAAUUAUUUUAUAUGUAGCUAAUAUUAUUUUUAUGUUCAGAACUAUUCUUCUAACUGAAAGAAUCAUCAAUUUAUAAGACAUUACCUGGAUAAUCCCAAUGUAAGUUAAAACAGUUAACAAUUAUUAUGCAUUAAAAAGCAUGUGAUUUGAUUAUGUAAGAAUUUUACUUAUCAAAAGUUGUUUGGAAGGACUUCAACAGAAGUUACUUAAAAAAAAAAAAGAUUACUAGAACCAUAUAGCAGGCAUUCUGUACACUGACUUAUCAAGAGAAACUAAGGACAAUCAACUACUUCUACUAUGUGCUGUAUAUCUGAACAUCAGAAAAAUUUAAGAUAUCUUCUUUUAGUAUCUAUAAUCAUAGACCAAAUUGGAAAACAGGCCAAAUAAUAAUAAUUACACCACAGAUUUUGUCAAAAGAUACCUAAAGUAUUAUGAAUCGAACUGAUGAUCUAUGAACUUCAAAUGUUUUGUUACAGAGAUAAUUUUAAGCAGUCAAGAAGUCAGUCACCAUAUAUUUUUACAAGUUAGGUACUUAGAAUCCCAAUUGUUACUCUCACAUUAGAAUGUGAGAUCCAUGAGAUAAAAGUUUUUGUCUGUUUUCAUCUGUUUGGUUCAUAGCUCUAUCCUGGCACCUAGAGAAGUACCUGGUAUAAGGUAGGUGCCUGGUAAAUAUUAAUGAAUAAUAUUUUGAAUAAAUCUCAUAUCAAACAGGUAUAAAUGAGCAGUACCUGUAAGUUAAUAAACUAUUUUUAGGGAGGAAAAAAAACUCACUCGAUAUAUACACCCAGAUGAGUGUUGUCUAUUUAUGUCAUCACCAUGGGCAAGUGGUACUUGUACAUACACCUUAUUUCUAUUGCUUAAAAUAAUUUUGAAACUUCACUUCUAGCAUUAUUUUAGAAACUGCAUAAGAAAUCUCUAAUUUUAUGUAAUUUUUGACCCCAAAAUAUCAGUCAGCUCAAACAACUUCCCCUCCUCAUUCGCUAGGAAACAAAUUAGUAUGGGGAAGAGAUGUGCCACCACUGAAGGUCUGCAAAAAUAGGAACUUUGCUUAAGAGCAAGUAUAGGAAAGCACAGUUUCAUAUCCCAAACCAGUGUUCCACUGAAUAUCACUGAAUGCACUACAAGUUUGAAAUAGGUCUGUUGGAGAAUUAAUCUUUCAGCUCAACAUCUCUGAGGUCUUUUCAAAGACUCCUUAAAAAUAUGACCUGUCCGGUGUGAUGUCAGAGAGAUAGUGGAUGGGGGGAGGGGGUCCACAGUGUGAGGGAUAUAAAUGAUAAAUGUCUAAGUAUUAUUUUGUCUUGUGCACCUGAAACUAAUAAUAAUAAAAAAAAGACCUGUCACUGUAUGAAGGAAUUAGGUGUUCAUAUAUAAUGAUGAAAUUUAGAAAUGAACUUGAUGUCCAUAAACUAUACUUGUAAUUCCAAAUACAUGGAUCUAUUUUGAAAGGGUCUUACCAUGUUUCCUCAAAAAUGAGAAGUAGCUGGACCAUCAGCUCUAAUGCAUUUUUUGGAGCAAAAAUUAA